AUGAAGCAUGUAGCAUUCUUCGGCGGCACGGGUCGGACCAUAUUCAAUAGUCUUUGCCACGCCCUUCUGGACGAAACCAUCUUUUGCCACGUCCUUAUUCGGGAUACAGACAAGCUGAGGGCUUUGCUUGUCAGCUCGAUGCCUGACCUCGCACGCGAAUACUCUCUUCGUCUUCGCGUUGUUCAAGGGGACGUCUUGAGCUACGACGACGUCGCAAACGUUCUAUUCCCGCCUCAGACAUUGUAG